AUGGAGGGCCGAGUGAGUAACUGCGUGAAAAAGCACCAGCUGCUGUUUGGAAUCCAUCUCAUGCGCUACCUGUUGCAGAGUCAGCUGGGGAAGGGGCUUCAUGGCUCUGGCAUCUCGAUGGUGCAGAGGCCCCCCGGGGGCCGGAGGGGGAGGAGAGGAGGGCAUGCCACCAUCACCAACUACUUGCUGAACUAUUUUCCUGGCCUUGACCUUGAGAGGAGGAACGUGUUUGGGUUCACUGCCCUAAUGAAAGCUGCCAUGCAGGGCCGAACGGAGUGCAUCCGAGCCCUGAUGUUAGCAGGAGCAGAUGUCCAUGCCAGGGACCCCCGCCGUGGGAUGUCGCCCCAGGAGUGGGCCACUUACACCGGACGGUUGGAGGCCGUCCGCCUCAUCCAGAGGCUGCUGGAGCGACCCUGCCCGGAACAGUUUGGGGAAAAAUACAAACCAGAGCUGCCGCUGCCCCCGGAGGCCGUUCUGAAGCCCUCGGGCUCCAAAAACUGCUUGCAGAGGCUCACCGAGCUUGUGAGGUCCAUGCUGACCUCCCGCUCACGCCAGGGCCUGGAGGAUGGGGGUGUCCUGGACCACAUGGUCAGGAUGACCACGAGCCUCUACAGCCCCGCCGUGGCCAUCGUCUGCCAGACUGUGUGCCCCGAGAACCCCCCCUGUGUGGGGAAAAGGCGGCUGGCGGUGCAGGAAAUCCUGGAGGCUCGGGGGAACCGGGACACGCACGCCCAGGAGAGUGACAAGAUCGAGGACUCUGAGCAGCCGUUCCGGACCUCCCAGGCCGUCGGGGUCUCUAGAGAGGUGGCCCCGAGAGCCAGCCUCCCGUCUCCGCAGCUGCCGGGGGCCCCGCGGAGGACCAGCCUCCUGCCCCUGCAGCUGCUGAGGAGGAGCAGCGUGCGGCCCGGCGUGGUCAUCCCCAGGGUACGCAUCAGCAAGGCGCCCGCGCCCACCUUCCAGCCGGAGCGGGCGGCCGCCAAGGGCAGCACCAAGGACAGCACCCACCUGCAGCUCCCCAAGUGGCGGUACAAGGAGGCCAAGGAGGAAAAGAGGAAGGCGGAAGAGGCGGAGAAGCAGCGUGUGGCUGCAGCGGCGAAGAAGGAAAAGCGGGCGCCCUCCUGGAGGAAAAGGACGUGAGGGAGAAACACAGCCCAGAACAUCAUGGACCAGAACAUCGUUGACCUUCCUUCCUCUCUCCGAGGAAGGAGUAUUCCAUCACCCGGCAGGCGCCUGGCAGUACCGGGUACCUCAGCCACAUGAAGAUCAGAAAUUGCAGUUCCUUGUCUCAGCUUCAGGCCUUCCUGGGACACCAAGCUCAUUCUGCGGAGAAGGACGGAGAGAUUCGUGGUGUCAGCUGAACACAGGGCUUGUGCGUGCAGAAAGGCCGUUGCAGACUGCCUCUCCCCACUUCCUUCCAUACUUUAGGGGGUGAGCAGGUCUCUGGGGAUCCUGCAUCUGAGUGGGGGCCAGGCGGUUUUGUGUGAAACAAUCCCAUGAGGUGGGGCCAGCCCCCAGUCCCGAAAUGGAUGCAAAGCCUGUCAUCCUUAGGGAAGAAUCUGGGGUACCAAGUCAUGAAGAAAGGUCUCCCCGAGAAUUCAGUAAAGGAGCCAAGACUAAGAAGUGGGCCUGGUUUGUCCCUUGCAGCGUCUGGCAAGAGCCCUACCUCUCCCCCCUUGUCCCCACAACAGUCGGAGAGCAGACUGUCUUUUCCUAAUUUCCCGGAAAUUCCUCGGAGUUCCAGGCCUGAUGUAAGUCAACUGUUCCUCUUUCCCCGGGUUCACCUGGAGAUCCCUGCUCGCUCAUUGCCCAGUCUCGUACCACACACCGACGCCCCAGGCUCUGGAGAUCCAUCAUCAACCAUUGUAAAGCUUCUGGUCACAGGCUUUUAGGUGACGGAGUGCUCACACUUGUUCUUUUUUACAGCAUUCGGGAAAAUUCUAACAGGUACCCUGGUAUUUGCUCGGGACCCUUUCUGGCCUGUGUGGGUCUCUGGAGGCUGCACUGGCUGUGGGUUCUCCGCACACCAAGUCCGCUGUGUGCGGGGUCCUCGGUUCCCGAACCAGCUUGCUGUAGGGGAGGGAAGGUGGAGGGGCCAUUGCAACUGGUCCUUAGAGAACAAUGAGGUCACGUUUCUGGCAGCAACUGGAACUGGGAAGACAAUGGUCACAGUGGGAGUGCUGGUACCCACAAAGUUCUUCCUAAAAGACUGAUGGCUGUGUUCCCCGUUUCACACCUUGAAGCAUUUAGAACUCGUUUCGUUCGUCUGGGUAACUCUGGAGUCAGCUGCUCAUUUCUGGGACCUUGAAUUCACAUGUUUCUUCAUUAACAUUUAAAAGAAGAGGCUAAAAAAAAAAAUUCCUCCUGGAGGUGGUUUUUUGAAGAAAAAAAAAAUU